AGUUGCAGAAAGGCAAGGGAAGAAACCAAACGAAGAAAAGCAGAGAGAGAGAGAGAGAGAGAGAGAGAGGUGGAAGGAAAGAGAAGAUAUAUAAAAACGAUAAAACUAAUCGAGGAAGGUGGGAGGAGAGAGACGAGGAAGGUGGUGGUGGCGAAAGUCCACAAUUAUUGGCAUCGAAUGCUGGAACCUGGAUUCCCAUUCCUUUGAGACCUGAUUCUUUUUAGCGGCGGUAUUUAGGCUAAAAAGAGCGGCUCAACCUUCUUCUCUGCCAUCCCAUUUGGAAGGAGCAGAACAGCAGAGGAACAAAAGAAUAGCUGGGUCGAUUGCUUGAAGAACUACUUGAUUCUGGUUCGGAGGAAGAUAGCUGAACUUUAGAGAGGUGAAUUUGUGGACGCAAGCAUCUGGCUGUUUUUUGUACUCAAAUUGUGUGCAAGAUCAGGGUUCUGAGUGCAUUGGUGGACUUGACAAUCAAGAAUCAGAUUAGUUCCUAUCUACAAGAUAAUUUUACUGUUGUGGAAUGUACUAGUGCUGUUGAUUAUGAUUAUGGCAGCUGAUUCUAAUAUGAGCUUUCAUAAUGGAGUCUUUCCUUCAUCCUUCUGCAAUCAAGUUGUAGUUUCUUUCCAGUCGGGGGCAGUAAAUGGCACAGCUGGUGUUGUUCAAGGAGGAAUUAACAAUUCAGGAGGGAUUAGUAGCUCAUCUGGUAUGGUGCGGGCUGGGAACCCUAGUAGUAUUUUGAACAACACAUCUUCCAUGAUGUUGCAAGGGAAUUCCCAAAGCAGUUUGUUCCUUGAGCCUAUGGCUGGUCUGAAGCAUGAUACAGGUCUAGCUGUAGAUUGGUCCUACAAAGAACAGGCUAUCUUACAUCAUGGGCUCAUCAAAUACGCUGAUCAACCCAGCAUUUUGAAGUACAUCAAAAUUGCUGCUCUUCUGCCUGAGAAGACUGUAAGGGAUGUGGCAUUGAGGUGUCGUUGGAUGAGUAGGAAGGAAAGUGACAAACGGAGAAAACUUGAAGAAUUUUAUACUGGAAAGAAGCUUAAAGACAGAAAGGAAAAGAUGGUAAAUUCUUCUACCAUGGAGAAUAUACAUCAAGGCAAUGUAGCGGGCUAUCCUUUUAUGAUGCAUCAAGUGAAUCACAACAAUCAGUUACUGACUGAAGCUCCUGCGAUCAAUGAUGCAAUUCGACGGCUUAUCCAAGAAAAUGCUCAAGUUUUCGGUCAGAUUGUAGCUAAUCUUGAAAGAUUAAAAGUUCAAGAUAAUGCUGAUCUCUUUUUACGCACAAGAAAUAACAUCACAGCCAUUCUCAACAGCAUGAGUGGAAUGCCCGGAAUAAUGAGUCAGAUGCCACCAUUGCCAGUAACAAUAAACGAGGAUCUUGUUACCACCAUCCUCCCAAACACAAGCCAGCCCUUAUGAUGAGCUCCUAUAUUGAUACAGUUCUCCCCCUUCAACAGCCUAUUUCUAAGCUUAGGCCUGUAUUAGCACGAUAUUUGUGGUUAUGGUGCAGAAAAGUAUCACUGAAAGUAUGUACAAACUCAUGAAUGUACAGAUGGAAGCAUCAUGUGUAUGAUAUUUAGUUUGCCAGUCUAAGAUAGUGAUUUUGAGUAAUAGAAUACUUAUGAGUAUUCUGGAAUGGAGCACAUGUGAGCAAAACAGCAUGGUACUUUUAGAGUUUAAAGAAAUUAGAGAAAAUGAGAAGCAAAAUAUUUUAUUUUGUUUUAAGCAAACGAACUAUUUCCAUUAUUUUACAAAGGAAAUUUGAGAUUAUUGGAUAUAUAUAUAGGAAUGGUUAUCCAAGGCCUUUUAGCUCUAUCAGCCAAUGUUUUUUUCCUGUAAGGGUGGGUUCCAAAACUCUCGUAUAUUUUUAUUGUAGAUACUAUUAGUAGCAGGCCAUGUAUAUGACAAAUGCCACCAUGAGUUUCAUGUUAUCAACUUAAAACAUAUUUUCCUGAAUAAAUUUCUCGAAGGAAAUGUGUACGUUUGUAACUAGUAUGUAUUAUUUUUUUUGUAUUUUUAAAUUCACCGGCAUGCUACCAUAUCAAUACUUAACACUAAGGAUCUAUUUGAGACAACUGUGACUUUUUAUAAAGGUGAUUGUAAAGCUAUUGUGUAGAAAAUAAAAUUUUUGAAACCUAUUGUAAAAAGUAGCUUCCUAGCACAAAAAGCUCUCAAAACAGCAAGAAAGUAUUAUCCAAAUAAAAACUGUGGUUGAGAUUUGAAAAAUAAAACAAUAACAAAGUUGCCCCAAAUAUAUCCCAAAUAUGGAUAGUAGAGGAGAUAUUAUAUUUGCAAAUUUAGGUUGUUAUUCUUUUCAUGUAUGCAUCUUAAACUAGAAUGCUAGUUAAUUUCAAAUUAGAGAAGCAUCUGUUGUAUAUUCUCCAGUCUUGCAUAUUAACAAACCUUAUCAACAGAUUCAUGCUUGUAUCCUCUCCUGAAAACGUUCAUGUUUUUAAAUAUGCUUCUCACUACUUUUUCUUGG